CUCUCUCUCUCACUCACCCCUGCAUCCUUCUGCAGGAGAGCUGGAGUUUUAGUAUUAGAAUGUAUCUCUGCUGCCGGCAUUUAGUUAUCUCUCUCUUUAUAAAAUGCACCUUCUUGGUCUUUAUCACUGAUCUGAGGCUUGCCAUUGCCAACACAGACCCAGAAUCAUUCCUGGUGUACAGUCCUGAUGUUGAAGGAUGUCUGGAAGCUCAAGAAAGCACGGUUCGAAUAGCAAGGCCGUGUCACUCCAGCAAACCGGAGCAGCAAUGGCUUUGGGUGUCUCGCCGCCGGCUCUUCAAUUUGGGCACUCUAAGUUGCCUGUUGGUGCCAUCUGCCUCUAACAGCACAUCCAAUGCCAUCUCCACCUAUCAAUGUGAUGAGAACUUUUUCUUUAUUCGCCGCUGUGAGACUUUGCUGGAGCAGCUGACUGCUGCAUUACUUACACAGACCUCCAAUGCCACUGGAUUACAGCAGCCGCCUGCCAAAACAUCUGGGCAAUGGUUAAUAUUUGGAACAGACAAAAGUAUCUGUUCUGCUGUGUUUCAGGAUAUUUACACUAUACAAGGGAACUCCAAUGGACGGCCCUGUGCUAUACCUUUCAAGUACGACAACCAGUGGUUCUAUGCCUGCACAAGCACAGGGCGAGAAGAUGGCCAUCUUUGGUGUGCAACCACUGUUGACUAUGGCAAAGAUGAAAAGUGGGGUUUCUGCCCUGUAAAAAGUGCGGACUGUGAGACUUUCUGGGACAAGGAUCCACUUACCCACAGCUGCUACCAAUUUAAUUUCCAGUCGGCACUCUCUUGGGGCGAGGCCUGGACCAGUUGCCUCCAGCAAGAUGCCAAUCUCCUCAGUAUCAAUGAGAUUCAUGAGCAGACAUACAUAAAUGGGCUCCUGACUGGAUACAGCUCCACUCUCUGGAUAGGACUAAAUGAUCUUAAUGUUAACGGUGGCUGGCAGUGGUCAGAUGGCUCUCCAUUAAAAUACCUGAACUGGGAGAAUGAUCAGCCCAGCAAUUCAGAAGAAGAAAAUUGUGCAGUUAUUCGCACAGAGUCCUUGGGUGCCUGGCAGAACCGUAACUGCUAUAAUGCCCUACCCUACGUAUGUAAGAAAAGCUCCAAGAGAAGUCUUCCUUCUGUAGAACCCAUUGAACCAGAUGUUGUUGUGCAGUGUGAUCCUGGAUGGCAGAGUUAUGGCACUAACUGCUACCGCUUAAACAAUGAGAAGAGGAGCUGGCAGGAGGCUAGGAAGGCGUGUGUGCGGAGCGAGGGGAACCUAGGCAGUGUUCAUAGCCUACUGGAGCUAGAAUAUAUUACCAAGCAGAUUAAACAAGAUGUGGAAGAGCUGUGGAUUGGGCUCAAUGACAUCAAGCAUCAGAUGAGCUUUGAAUGGUCAGAUGGGAGUGCAGUUACCUUUACGUCUUGGCAUCCUUUUGAACCCAACAACUUUAGGGACAGCAUGGAGGAUUGUGUGACUAUCUGGGGACCGGAGGGAAAAUGGAACGAUAGUCCAUGCAACCAAACACUGCCGUCAAUCUGUAAGAAACCUGGAUUAGUCACACAAGGAAGCUCUGAGGACAAUCAUGGGUGCCAAAAGGGCUGGAGUUGGCACAGUCCUGCUUGCUACUGGUUGAGUGAUGAACAAGUGACGUACAAUGAAGCAGUCAAGUCUUGCUCUGGCCGCAGCUCUAGACUGGUCACUGUGCAGAACAGGUUUGAGCAAGCAUUUGUUAAUAGUCUUCUGUAUGGAUCAGAUGGAAACUAUUACUGGACAGCACUUCAGGAUCUGAACCGUACUGGAGUAUUCAAAUGGUACAUUGGUGAUGAAGUGACUUAUACCCACUGGAACCGGGAUCAACCUGGCUACGAUAAAGGAGGAUGUGUUGUGUUGGCUACAGGACGCUCUCUUGGUCUUUGGGAGGUAAAGGACUGCGUUACAUUCAGUGCAAAGUACAUCUGUAUGCAGCGCCUGAUCCCAAUGACCCCUCUGUUACCUGCAGCUCGGCCCACACCCAGCCUUAACGGAAGCUGCCCAGAUGGCUGGAACUCUGCACCAAAUCUAAGGCAUUGCUACAAGGUUUAUCAUUCGGAGAAGCUGCAAGAAAAAAAAUCUUGGAUUUCAGCUCAGCAGUCCUGCCGAGAAAUUGGAGCUCAGCUGCUCAGUGUCUCCAGUGUAGGAGAAGAACACUAUGUGGCUCAUUUACUGAACAAAAUAUUUGGUGAAUCAGAACCGGAAAGUCAGGAGCAGCACUGGUUUUGGAUUGGUCUGAAUCGCAGAGAUCCCAGUGGUGAUCAGAGCUGGGUCUGGAGCGAUGGACAGGGGUAUUCCUAUCACAACUUUGACCGCAGCUAUCAAGACAAUGAUGAUAUAAGAAGGUGUGUGGUGCUGGACCUGUCAUCUUUACAGUGGGUGGCUAUUGAGUGUGACUCUCAGAUGGAUUGGAUAUGCAAAUUGGCUAAAGGAACAGACAUCAAAGAACCAGAAGUUCCAAAGGGAAACACAGAGUGGAUCAGAUUUGAGAAUGCAGACUAUAAAUUUUUUGAGCAUCGAUCCACAUGGCAACAGGCGCAGAGAAUCUGUACUUGGUUUGGGGCUGAGCUGACGUCUGUUCAUAGUCCGGCAGAGUUAGACUUCGUAGUGCAGAACCUACAGAAGUCUCUUCGGGUGCAAGAGCAGCACUGGUGGAUCGGACUUCACACAUAUGAAAAUGAUGGGAGAUUCAGAUGGUCAGACAAGACUGUACUCAAUUUCGUAAACUGGGCUCCUGGACGGAUAGGCCGCAUUUCCAGAGAGAAGAAAUGUGUGUAUAUGACAGCGGUUAGAGGAGAAUGGGGUGAUCAGAAAUGCAUUACUGCUCUGCCAUAUGUAUGUAAACGGACCAACACCACAGUGCCACCACCCACCUUACCUCCGCUUUCUCCACCUAGUGUGGGUGGCUGCCCCAAGACCUGGCUACCUUUCAUGAACAAGUGUUUUGGCGUGAGAGCAGAUGGUAAGGGCGAGAGUAGGACAUGGCAACAAGCUCGAGAGUUUUGCAAAGUCCUAAAUGGAGAGAUCGCCACAAUUGACAACUACUUAGAACAGGCUUUUAUUACAUCCAUACUUCCCAACAUCACCUCUGACCUCUGGAUUGGUCUGAACAAUAGACAGCAGAGAUUCCAAUGGGAAGAGGGUCAGCCUUUGGCAUAUGUGAACUGGGCACCAGGGGCACCAUCCAGGGAGAGCUCUUCCAAUGGCAAGAUGGUUAGUUGUGCUGCGAUCUGGCAUGGACCUCAACCACAGUUCACAGGGCGAUGGGAUGACAAACUAUGUACAGAAAAGCAUGGAUAUAUCUGCCAGAUCAGCAAAGUGCCCUCUCUGAGCCCAGCAUCCGAGCCUUUUCCAUUUCCACCUAGCACCAGACUUCAGUACAGGAACAGCUCCUACCUCAUUCUGCAAAAACCAAUGACUUGGACUGAAGCUCGCCUGCUGUGCGAAACUCGCAAUGCCACCUUAGCAAGCAUCUCAGACCCCUACCAACAGGCGUAUCUGACCCUUGCAGUAACCGGGCAGAAGACCCCUCUUUGGAUUGGGCUGUCGAAUGAAGAGGGUGGGCGAUCCUACUCUUGGCUAACAGACGAUGGGACUUCAUAUAUCAACUGGAGGGAUGGAGAACCACAACGCCUGAGUGGCUGUGUAUACAUGGAUGCCCAGGGAACAUGGAGCACAGCAAACUGUGAUCAUAAACUACCUGGAGCAAUUUGCAACUACAAUACUCAAUCUACCAAAACGCAUAAGUGGAGUUUCAACAGCAGCUGUCCGAAUUCAAUAGGUGAUUCCUCUUGGAUACCAUUCCGUGACUACUGCUACUCCUUCCAUAUGGAGGUCAACAUUAGCCAGAAGGACGCUGCCAAAACAUGCCAGAAAGUUGGUGGUGAUGUUCUAACCAUUGUAGAUGAGACAGAAAACCUUUUUGUCUGGGAACACCUGCAGACAUUUGAAAGCCAAACGCAAGGAGCCUGGCUUGGCAUGUCAUUUAGUAUCAAAGAAGGCUCCCUUUUGUGGAAUGAUAACUCGCCGGUCAAUUACUCAAACUGGGGACAGCAAGAUUCGGGUCCCAGCUUGCUGAGUCCAAAUUCCUGUUACUGGAUUGAAGGCAGCAAUGGAGUUUGGGGUCUGGGAUCUUGUACUAAUAUCAGAAAGGGAGUGAUAUGCAAACUCUACAGAGCGGAGGAAGACAACAUUGCUAAAUCUAUUUUACCACCGCACAGCACGGCAGUGGCCGUAGUGGUCCUCUCUACCUUUGCCCUUUGCAUCUUAGUGGUUGUAAUCAUCUACCUGUACCGACGCAGAAAACUUGCGGCAGAACAAGGAGCAUUCGAAAGUGCAAGAUACAGUCGCGCCAGUACCGAGCCGGGAGGAUCAGCUGAUAAGAACAUACUGGUGUCAGACAUGGAAAUGAAUGAGCAGGAAUAAGAGAGGGUUCAAGGGACAUCAUAUUAAAAUACAAGGUGGGGGGUUGGAUCGUUUAAGACUUUUAAUUCUUCCCACUACCUGGUGACCAUGGUAGUUGUUGAUAUUACAGAGGGUGCAGGAUGCCCCCUUUACUGAAAAUGGAUUUCUACUGUUAUUUGGGGGCUGUCGUACGUUGCUGAGCAAUGGUUUUCGAGCUGCUCCGACAUCAAAGAAGCCAUAACGGUACCACCAUCUUACUCCCAACAGUCUCCUUACCAUUGUAAACUCCAAAGCAGACCUUUCUUUGAGACUGGGGCAAGUACAUUGGGCUUAAGCUGUGUUCACUCUCUAAAUUUUUGAGUUUGACCAAAGUAUAGUGCUUGUAUUUCUUGUGUGUCAUUAAGACUAGUACUGUGUUUAUUUUAUAAUAAAAAUUGCUAUGGGAAUGUUGGAAGUAUUGGCACAGCCGUCACGGAUAAUCAUCGUAAUUUGUUUACUUACUGUGAUUACCAGCUUCAUCUUUUGGCCAUAAUGUUGUAUUAUCCUGAAAUACCCCAUCAGAAAAAUACAGCAUUAUGUCCACUAGGUGGCGCUGAUUAUCCUAGGAAGUAAAAAACAUUUUAUACUAAUUAAGGGAAUUACUUGUGACAGCUGUGCGAAUGCUUGAGAUAUUUGCACAUUUUUUUUUUUUUAUAAAUAGAACGCCAAAGUGUGGGACAUUUAUAAUGGUGGUUCUUGCCCCCUCUCUGGAUAGUAUCUCGCAAGAUUCAACAUCACAGUCCACUACUCAUCGCCCUGUUUCUCUUUUGUCUACAGACAUCACAAGACCGCUAUUCAUUUUUUUAUCCACCCAGUCCACAUAACAUCAGUACAAAAACAAAAAUAUAUAUAUAUAAAAAAAAAAACAUGCAGUUGAUUCCCCAUGAUUCUGUCAAACACAUGAAGAAUUUACUAACACUACCCCUUAAGAUUAAAGCGUCCUAAGUUACGGCGGCGUAGCGUAAAUGUGCCGGCCUAAGCGCGCCUAAUUCAAAUGAGGAACAGGGGGCGUGUUUUAUGUUAAUGAAUCGUGACCCGAAGUUAUUGACGUUUUUUGGCAAGUUUAGGCGAUCCAUCUUACAGAAAGAUUUUAUUUGGCAUCAUCAUAAUUGGGGGCGACAUUCGGAAAACAGCAGACUAGUCUGUACUAUAGGAAAUACAACUUUAUUAGCAAGUUUAUAUGUUUUUUGUUUAUUCUUCCUCUGAUGUCUCAUUAGUAAUACUUAGCCUUUAUGGCAUCUCUUUCUUUCUGUCUUUUUUUUUUCCAACUUUCUAAGGACCAAAAUUGUGACAUUUUGCCACUACUGUGUAUAUCAAUUUAUACUGCAUCUUGUCAGCAAUCAAACACAUAUUGCACAUAUGCUGAGAGUGAACACAGCUAGCCCUUGCCUUUAAAGCCACCAGGAGAGAUGUCAGUAGGAGAAUAUCAAGGAUGAUGAGCCAACGCUAGCUUGUCUGCUGCAGCCCAUUUCUAGUAAAUGUAUGCAUGCCCCUUGCCUCCAUGAGCCAUAUUUGCUAAAGUGCACCUUCCGGUAGAAAGGCAAGGGGUUAAUUCAGGAGUCCCACAUCCAGAGCACCGUGUGCUAAAAUGGGGCGUCAGGCAUAAAAACACUAUGUAUGUAUACCCAUAUGUCCGGGUAUGACGUAUUGGUAUAUUUUCAAUGGCAAUAAACAUGACCGCAUUCACGUGUAA